AGGAAGAAGAAGCUGAAACUGUAUUUAAUCAUGGUUAAAAAUUAAACCAUGAUUAAAUGCCGCCGUUCAGUCCAGUGUUAAACAACAAGCUUAUAAUAUGAUUAUACUCACUUCAAAAUCUCUCUUUUUGUUUUCUCUCCUCAUGAUAGUACAAAAUUGAUAGGGAAAAGAAUAACAUGGUCGAAAGAUUGGAGGUUCCGUCGUGUAUAAACAUAUAUGGGGUGGUUUUUGUAGUGGGCUACUGAGUUGAACCGGCGUCCUCGUUUUGUUUAAUUCAAGAACAUCUUUUUUUUUUGGAUUUUCAAUUUUCAAGGGAUUUUUCGUACCCUCUUUCUGCAAAAUUAUUGUUUUCCGUGAAUUUCAAGCUCGUAGAAUAAAAUUUUCUUGGUUUUUGGUGAAUUCUUGUUUGUGGGCUUUUGCUAGAAGUUUUGUUGAAUUCUGAAAAUUGCAGUUAUAGGGAGCUGAAUUUAGAGAGGGAAAGCUUGAAGCAAGGCGGAAAUGGAGACUUCAUCGAUUUCAAGUGUUGAGAAUCAAACAACCGAUCAACCAGCAGCCAAGAAAAGGCGGAAUCAGCCCGGAAUGCCUGAUCCAGAUGCAGAAGUGAUAGCUUUAUCCCCAAAAGCACUGCUAGCAACCAACAGAUUUGUGUGUGAAAUCUGCAACAAAGGGUUUCAAAGAGAACAGAAUCUGCAACUCCAUAGACGAGGCCACAAUUUACCAUGGAAACUCCGGCAAAGAUCCGGCAAUGAAGUGAAAAAACGAGUAUACGUAUGCCCAGAAAUCUCUUGCAUUCACCAUCACCCGUCAAGAGCCCUCGGUGACCUCACCGGAAUCAAGAAACAUUUCUGCCGGAAACACGGCGAGAAGAAGUACAAAUGCGAAAGAUGUACAAAGAUUUACGCCGUUCAUUCCGAUUGGAAAGCCCACAUGAAAGUUUGUGGCUCCCGUGAGUAUCGGUGUGAUUGCGGAACCUUGUUUUCAAGGAAGGAUAGUUUUAUUACACAUAGAGCAUUUUGCGAUGCAUUGGCGCAAGAGAGCACAAGGUCUCCAACCUUGGAAGUUCAGGUAGUUAAUGGAGGAUCUUCCAGUCCAACUCCACCGCCUCUUACUCCGUCGUCUACCGGAGUACUAUCUCCGGUGCUAUCCAUUCAAAGCUCAGCAGCAGAAUUUCCUGAAAAUCAGACUCUGCAUUUUCAACCGCAACCCGGAACAGCUGCAUUGUCUACUUCAAUCACCACCGCGACCACCACUACCACCAUUGCCGCUACUGCCAGUGGUGUCUCCACCUAUAACGGAAAUAUUAAUAGCAGCAGUGGAGUAUUUGCUAGUAUAUUUGCUUCAUCUACUUUGGACAAACUGGCACAACCAUCCCGUUGUCCCUCAUCGUAUUCUGACUUACUGUGUGCAAUGGCUGGAUCGGAGUGCUCGACCAUUGAUCCCAUAUCGCUCUCACUGUCAUCUUCUUUGUAUCUCUCUACUAGUCCAGCAUCUUUGUUCCCGACUGCAUCCCAGGAUCCCUAUAGGCAUUAUGCAUCAACUCCACAGCCAGCACUGUCUGCAACUGCAUUGCUUCAGAAAGCAGCUCAAAUUGGUGCAACAUCAGCCAACUCCUCACUUCUUCGUGGCCUCGGGCUUGCAAUGUCAUCUUCAUCCGAUCCUCAAGAUAACAUCUCGAUGCCAGCUGCUGCUACUAUUACUGCCCCUUCCCCACCACAUUGGAACAGUCAUAUGCAGCUUGGAAACAGUUCAUUUGAUCCCGGUCUUGGGUUGGGGAUCCCUUCCAAUCGUUCUUCGGGUCUGAAUGACUUCAUGAUUGGCCCAUCAACGUCACUCUUAAGUAACAAGCCGACGACUCUAGAUUUUCUUGGCCUGGGAAUGGGUGCUAGUGAAGGCCCCUCUGGCGAGUUUUCGGCCUUCUUGACCUCAAUAGGAGGUGGACUUAAUGCUGCUGCUGCUUCCAUUGGUGGUGGUUCAAGCUCUGCUGGAGAAGCUUGGGAUGAUCCUUCUGAUAGGAAGACUUCUUUGCUAUAGUAGAAGCUCCCUUUUGUUUUUCUCAAAGCUAUAUACAUCUCUAAGUUUUGAUAUACAUAUUUUUUUUGUUUCCUAGACAUAUCUUAAGGUUGCUUUCUUGUUUGUCUUGUUAGUUGGAACUUGCAUGGGCAAGUUGUGAAUAUGAACUCUCAGAUCGUCUUGGUACGAAGAA